CACUUUUCAUUUUCAACCAUGCAAUUUGACUUCUUGUGAUCCCAUUUCCAAUUUUCACCCCGCCGUGAAAACCGGGGCCAGGAGGAGUUAGUUCUUCAGCUCUCAGCUUCCGUUGCGUGUUUGAGAAAAUCACUUUCUUGUGGCCUAAAUCGCAACCACUUUCCCAAAACAACACGUCAUUGUCGUAUUGAGAUCCACCGCUCAGAUCUUUCUUCGCGUACAUGCGGCUACAUACAAUUGAGGGCUAUAAAUAUCAGCUCCCUCUUUGGGCUUCGAUUCCAUGAGAAAGAUUGGUCCUUUAAAUGAAAAUCAAUGGAAUUGCCAGCUUAACUGUCGGGUGAGUGAAGAUGGCUGAGAAACAGCAGAAGAAGUUCCUUACUGUGGCACCCUUUGAGUGUGCCUGGCCGAAUGAUUUGAGGUUUAGAGAAGCUGGGAGGGGUUGUGUGGCUUUUGAAGCUUUUGCUCAUAAUGAUGUCACGGUUGUGUUCAGGGAGAAUGUUGGAAGUCAGCACUACCAUUACAAGAGGGAUAAUAGUCCACACUACACUGUGAUUCUUGGUAGUCAUAGAAAUCGCCGGUUGAAAAUUGAAGUCAGUGGGAAGACAGUGGUCGAUGCGGCAGGGGUUGGGCUAUGUUGCUCUUCGGCGUUUCAGAGCUAUUGGAUCAGUAUAUAUGAUGGUUUGAUUAGCAUUGGAAAGGGAAGGUACCCUUUUCAGAAUCUCGUCUUUCAGUGGCUUGAUUCCAAUCCGAAUUGUAGUGUUCAGUAUGUCGGGCUCAGCAGCUGGGAUAAACACGUUGGUUAUAGAAAUGUGAAUGUCCUGCCACUAACACAAAAUUAUAUAUCCUUGUGGAAGCAUGUUGGUUCUGGUGAAUACGAAGGAAAGCAGGAUGGUGAAGAAGAGAUGGUAUAUGAAAGUGAACCUUACGAGAACUGGGGGUUGCUAAAUUUUCUUGAGAAAUGGGAACUGUCUGAUAUGAUCUUCAUUGUUGGCAAGGAGAAAAGGACUGUCCCAGCUCAUAAAAUAAUUUUGGCAGCAUCUGGGAAUUUUAAUUUUAGUUUGUUUGAUCACGAUGUAAUCCACCUUCAUGAUGUCAGUUAUCCAGUUCUUCAUGCAUUUCUCCAAUACAUCUAUACUGGACAUACUCAGAUUUCGGAAUCACAACUCAAUCCCCUGAGGAAUCUGAGCUUAAAGUAUGAAGUGACAUCAUUGGUGAAGCAGUGUGAAGAAAUUAGUGAACGUUUUAAAUUGAACAAAAAAUUGUUUGACUCAGGCAAGAAUGUGGAGAUAUUGUAUCCAAGUUCUAAGCCCCACUGUGGCACAGCCUUCCCCUCUGGACUUCCUCUCAAUAUGCAGAGGCUUGAGCAAUUUUACACAACUGGCAAGUACAGUGAUGUGGGUAUCUAUAUUGACGGUCAUGGUUUUCUUUUCCGGUCACAUAAAAUUAUACUUGCCCUAUGGAGUGUCCCAUUUUUUAAGAUGUUCACCAAUGGAAUGAGCGAGAGCAUUUCCUCAAAGAUUCUUCUACAGGAUGUGCCACUAGAAGCAUUUAAGCUCAUGCUGGAAUUCUUGUACCGAGGGGAACUAAAUAACAAUGAUACCAUGGAUAUCGGGACCUUGCUACUCCAGCUUCUUCUAUUGGCAGAUCAAUUUGGAGUCACUCUUCUUCAUCAGGAAUGCUGCAAAACACUUUUGGAGUGCCUCUCGGAGGACACAGUAUACCCAAUUCUCCAAGUGAUUCCAUCCAUUCCUUCAUGUAAACUCGUUCAAGAAACGUGUGAGAGAAAAUUUGCAACGCACUUUGAUUAUUGUACAACUGCAAGCACAGAUUUUGUCUCGUUAGACGAGGAAACAUUUUGCAGAAUUCUCAAGCAUCCAGAUUUGACAGUUACAUCUGAAGAAAGAGUUCUUAAUGCAAUCUUACUAUGGUGCUUGCAAGCAAAGGAUUUAUAUGGGUGGGACACAUUGGAUGAGAUGAUGGCUGAUUUAGAGCCAGAACUUCUUUUUGGGGAGAGGUUUCAGUCUGUUAGUAACUUUUUGCCCCUAGUACGCUUCCCUUUACUUCCUCAUCCCUUGCUUAAGAAGUUGGAGAAGAGUAACCUAAGUAGAAAAUUUCAUACUUUCGACUUUCUGGUGAAAGAGGCCAUACAUUAUUCAGAAUUUGGACUGGCUGAGCCACAAGCUGACAAAAACGUUAGAUUCCGACAUAGACGGUCUAGUUUUAAAGAGCUACAAUACAUAUGUGAUGGAGGCACAAACGGAGUCCUGUACUUUGCGGGCACCUCAUUUGGGGAACACCAAUGGGUGAAUCCUGUCCUUGCUAGGAAAAUUUGUAUCACACCUAGCAGUCCCAUUUCAAGAUACACUGAUCCUAAAGUUUUGGUCUCGAGGGCUUACCAGGGAACAUCCUUCGCUGGGCCUAGGAUUGAGGACGGAAAGAACAGUGCUUGGUGGAUGAUUGAUCUGGGUGAAGACCACCAGCUUAUGUGCAACUAUUAUACAGUGAGACAGGAUGGAUCAAGGACCUACAUAAGACACUGGAACUUACAGGGUUCUGCCGAUGGGAAGACUUGGACCGUGUUGAGAGUGCACGAGAAUGACCAGACAAUAUGCAAACCCGGUCAGUUCGCUUCAUGGCCUAUAGCAGGUCCCAGUGCUCUGCUUCCCUUCAGAUUCUUUAGGGUUAUCUUGACAGCUCCCACAACCGAUGAGUCAAACCCGUGGAGCUUUUGCAUUUGCUUCUUGGAACUUUAUGGUUACUUCCGCUGAGUUAGAAGUGUGAUGAUGAUGAUGAUGAAGAAGAAUCAUUGGACCGCUUGUUCCUUUGUACGCAGCCGCAGCCUUGUCUUCCAGAGUUUUUGCAGUGUGAAAUAAAUCUGAUAUGUUGGGGUUUGGACUGGUGUAGUCUGUUAAUAUUAAGAAAUAAAUCUCAUUCCUCGUCCAUAUGGCUAGACAAGCCCAGGAAAAAGAGCAUCCAAAGGCCCUUUAUUCACGUGAAAAACGAUAUGAAUAUGAUGAUAGUGGUUUUUGUGAAAUC